AUCGUCUGCUGAACUGCCGUCGUUCGUUAUUCGCGUGAAGAGAGGAGACAGCACAGCACUCUGCUUAUAAACCGAGAGAGCUUGCGUAAUUAUAAAGUUCAGUAUAGUAUAGGUGCGAGCAGAAACGUCCGAGAUGAAUUCAUUUACACUGAGUGCUUUACAAAAGCACAUCACCUCUGUCAGUAGCGCAGGUUACCAGCACAGUUCUCUACUGGAAUGUGUAUAAUGAAGGUUACUGGGAAAGAGAAGAGCAGAGAUGUCGGUGCCUUUGCUGAAAAUUGGAGUAGUGCUCAGCACGAUGGCAAUGAUCACCAACUGGAUGUCGCAAACGUUGCCCUCUCUAGUUGGUCUGAAUAGCACCAAAUUAAGCGUGGCACCUCCGGGUGUGCCGGACCGGAGCACUGGCGUGCUGCCUGCUAACCCUGAGGAGUCGUGGCAGGUGUACAGCUCAGCGCAAGACAGUGAGGGCAGGUGUGUGUGCACUGUUGUGGCUCCUCAGCAGACCAUGUGUUCACGGGACGCCAGAACCAAACAACUGAGACAGCUCCUGGAAAAAGUCCAGAAUAUGACUCAGUCCAUCCAGAGUCUUGACCAGAGGACCCAGAAAGACCUGGAGUAUGUGCAAAGAAUGGAGGUGCAGUUGAAAGGCCUGGAAUCUAAGUUCAAACAGGUGGAGGAAAGCCACAAGCAGAAUAUCGCAAAGCAAUACAAGGCCAUAAAAGCGAAAAUGGAGGAACUUAGGCCAAUGAUACCAGUGUUGGAGGAAUACAAGGCCGAUGCAAAAUUGGUAAUGCAGUUUAAAGAGGAGGUCAAGAAUCUGACAUCAGUGCUAAAUGAACUGCAGGAGGAGAUCGGGGCCUUUGACUACGAGGAGCUUCACAACAGGGUGUCUAAUCUUGAGGAGAGGCUUCGUGCAUGCAUGCAAAAAUUAGCUUGUGGGAAGCUGACAGGAAUAAGUGAUGCUAUAACCAUGAAGACAUCUGGAUCAAGAUAUGGAUCCUGGAUGACAGAUCCGCUUGCCCCUGACGGUGAUACGAGGGUGUGGUACAUGGACGGUUACCACAACAAUCGCUUUGUCCGGGAAUACAAGUCCAUGGCCGACUUCAUGUAUUCGGACAACUUCACCUCGCAUCGACUUCCUCACCCCUGGUCGGGCACAGGACAGGUGGUCUACAACGGCUCCAUCUACUUCAAUAAGUUCCAAAGCAACACCAUCAUCAAAUUCGACUUUAAGACAGCCACCAUCAGCAAGUCUGGUCAGCUGGAUUACGCCGGCUUCAACAACCGCUACCACUAUUCCUGGGGUGGUCACUCCGACAUUGACCUAAUGGUGGACGAAGGUGGGCUUUGGGCCGUGUAUGCCACUAAUCAAAAUGCUGGAAACAUUAUCAUCAGCAAGCUCAACCCAUCAACCCUGCAGAUCAUCAAAAGCUACACCACCAACCACCCAAAGAGGAGCGCAGGUGAGGCUUUCAUGAUCUGCGGGACGCUUUAUGUCACCAAUGGAUACUCGGGAGGGACAAAGGUCUACUAUGCUUUCCAUACCAACUCCUCUACUUAUGAGUAUAUCGACAUCCCAUUACAGAACAAGUAUUCCCAUAUCUCCAUGCUGGAUUAUAACCCUAGAGACAGAGCUCUUUAUGCAUGGAACAAUGGACACCAGGUGCUGUAUAACGUCACCUUGUUCCACCUCAUUCGCUCUGAGGAACUCUAAAGUGGCAUUCUCCAUCCGUCUAAGCUAUACAGUAGCACUGAGGGAAUUUAUUACUGAAAAUUAGAGUAAUGCCUGAUGAUUGUUCAAUAAAAGAAGGCGUAUCAAAAGUAAUAGUUAAUGGCAACAUAAUGAAAAGCUGCCAAAAAGUCUUUUUUUAAGCUCUCCUUAGAUGAUUGUGUUUGAAUUGUCACUGCUAAAAAAAGAAAAGAUUGUAUUAGUUAGUAUUUUAUCUUAUUGUACAUUUAAAAAUGUCGAAACAUGAUUAAACAAAAUUACGUACGAUAAUAAGAUUUUUUU